AUUGGAAACACAGCUAUUGUAAAAGCGUAGUCGACACAGUAUACAUUUCAAAGUGUCACAGGCAGCAUGUGCGUUGAUCUACUUGGUUCGUGAUGAAUAACUCAAUUUGGAGUUGUAUGAUAAGGCUGCAAUCCUUAAGCUUUGUAUUUCCUUAUUUGCCGGUUCUUAAAAUUGAGCAGCUGACCGUAACUAAAAGCCCCGUCGCUGUCUAAGCUAGCAUUAGCCAUGAGCACGUCAAAAGCAAAUGCUCUCGCAAGUUUAAAGGCAAGGAGACAGCAAGCUGCGUCAACUUCAACUCCCGAGACCGGUGCAUCUCCCGGGACUAGGACGGGGCUCAUAGCUUCAGAUGAAUCAAAGUCCUCAGUACCAAACCUCCCGGAGGCGGCAGAACCCGCACCGGGGCCCUCGGUCGCGGCGGAGACGGCCCCCCCCUCCGCAGCUCCCCCGGGCCCCUCCCCGCCGCUACCCACCCGCCAGGUGGAGGCAUUCGCCUGGGUGUGCGGCACCUGCCAGCGGGAGUGCGUGCCAGUGCGCAGCGAGUCGCGGUGUCUGUGCGGCCACCGGCUCAGAGAACACGACCCCGCCAGCUCCCAAGCCGCCUCCAGGUGCGGCGCCUGUAGCACCAAACCUACGCAGCGCAGCACAGUGCACAGCCUUCACGGGGACUGUGCGAGUGUCCUCUGCUGCUCAUUCCUCGUCCAAAUCUGGUGGCGUCUGAACACAAGCCAGCUAGCUCCAAACCUAGUGGAAGAAGC